AUGCGGCGGCAUCUUUUAACGACUAUGGCUUGCUUAUUCUGUAUUCUACGUCUUACAAACGCCUUGUCACUUGCAAACUUCCAAUUAGUCUCACCAACUGCAGUUUCAUUGGUUUGCUUUGCGGAAUAUAAUACUGCAAUCUCAGACUGCAAACUAUCAGACUUCAAUGAUGGGUGUUCCCUCGACUGCCAAUCAGCCUUAACGUCAAAAGCUACAUGUGUUAGCAAUGCUUGUUCGAAAGAUAAUGUAGCUUCCAAUACAUUAUUAGGAAUCGUCAAAGGUGGUGGAAUCAUUGCAGCUUUAUGUCCGAAUAUCAAAAGUUCUACUACGAAAUCAAGAUCAACCUCGACUACAACAGAGACGAAAUCUUCGACUACGAGUGUGAGUACUACAUCGUCGACUUCGCAAUCGACUCCAACUUCAACUUCAAGUCCAACUCCAAGUCCAACUCCGACAUCGACUUCGACUUCAUCCCAAAGCUCUAGUUUUACUGCUGCUACAACGACAUUCUCUGCGCUUCCUACGACGACCCAAUCUACGAUUACGGAUACUUCGAGUUCCGCUCAAACUUCGAAUACUCAAACAUCAUCAUCACCAUCGUCCACUUCAUCAAAAUCCACAACAUCUAAUUCUUCAGAAUCAACAUCUACUUCUUCCAAUACGAAUACGAAUACAGACACAAGCACCAGCACAACACUGACCACGACCCAAGCACAAUCCACUACAUCCACAUCUACAAAAACUACAGCAACAACAACAACCGCAGCAUCGAAUAAUGGGAAUGGGAAUGGGAUUAGUGGAGGCGGAAGCCCGUUUGAUAUCGAUGCGAAUAGUGGUGGUUUGCCAACUGAUUUCGGUAAUCUAUCACAAAGGUGGAUAGCGGGCGUGGUGUUGAUUUAUGGGGGAUUGGGUUUAUGGUUUCUUAUUUGA